AUGUCUGUCAAGGUCGCGAUAGUCACGGAGCCUCCUCUGGUGCGAAUCUCUACGACGACUCCGCACUUCGCAACCACUCAAUGUCUUCGACUCGCAGGAAUUGGACGUGCGACCACGAUCGCCCUCGCCAAAGCGGGCUGGUUGUCUCCAUUGUGGCUCGUCGGGCAGAUAAGCUCCGCGAGACUGCCUCCCUUGUGCCGAUCCUGCCAAUGUGUACGUCUACGAAGGCGACGUUACCAUUCAAGAGACGUCGUGAAACUCUUCAGCGAAACCGUCGCACGCUUCGGCCGUCUUGACUUGGUUUUCAACAAUGCAGGCAUCACAGGACCAGACGCACCGCUCGAGGACGUCCCACUCAGUGAGUUUCAGAAGCUCCUAGGAGUGAAUAUUGUCGGCCCCUUCCUCUGCACCCAAGAAGCAUUCAAGGUGUUCAAAGCUCAGUCACCGCCCGGGGGUCGCAUCAUCAACAACGGCUCUAUCUCUGCACAGACUCCGCGGCCCAACUCCGCGCCGUACACCCUCUCGAAGCACGCGAUCACCGGGCUCACCAAGUCGACCGCCCUGGACGGCAGGGCGUUCAACAUCACUUGCACUCAGGUGGACAUCGGCGGCGCGCAAACUGCCCUGUCGCCUCCUCCGGGAGGACGGAUUCAGCCCAACGGAACUUUCUCGGAAGAAGCGACGUUCGACGCCAAGCACGUCGGCGAGGCCAUCGUGCACAUCGCGAGCCUCCCGCUCGACGUCACCGUCCUCGUGUUCAACAUCAUGGCGACGCAGAUGCCAUUCGUAGGCCGCGGGUAA